AAACCACAAAUGAGUUAGUUGCAGUUUGGCCAGUGUCUUGUGUGGUAGAAAUUUCAGUGUGUGUCUCUGCUCUUUCGGUUUUGUCAUGCUUAAUACAAUCAAAAAGUCCUUUGAACGCUUUAUAGGCUACAUUAAAUGGUUGCACAUGCUUUAUGAAUUAAAUACAUAUUUGUCGAUGUGCGAGCCUUGGGAGAAGGUGUUCUUAAAUUGUCUAUUUGCCGUUACCAUUAGUAUUAUUGCAUACUCAACUUUAGUGUAUAUACCGCCAUACUUAUAUACACUGAUAACUUAUAUAAAUCCAGGAGCAGCUGCCAUAACAUUUUCCGACCCCUUGAUAAUGGCGGGGGAAACGGAGUUGUGAUAACUACAAAUUAAUUAUUAAGAAAUUUCAGUUUAAGAAAAUAAUUUUAAUUUUUAAUAUUUAGUCAAUAAAAUAUAGUCAUAUGAAUAGAAGAUCUUGAAUGAAAUGUUAUGAAAUUUCAAAUAGCUAGCUGAGCCCGAGCU